AGAUUGUUGGCCAAAGAUAAAGGGAAACAAGGAAUGAUGAAAAGGAGAAAAAAAGAAAAGGGGAAAGAAAUCCAAGAAAACCAAAAGUAUAGUAGGAGAGCAGACAAAGGUAAAAUACUGAGGAGAGAGAGGAAAAGAAAAACUAGAGAGAGAGAGAGAGAGAGGAAGGAAAAGAAAGAGAGAAUUAAGUAUGUUACAAAUUGAAGUACCAAUAUAGGAGGAGGAGAAGAAGGAGAAAAUAGCAGUUGCUAAAAAUUUUCAACCUAUCUUCACCUCCUAAUUCUCUCCCUCUCUCUCUCAUCAUGCCAAACAAAACCCACUGAUGAAACUAAUCAUCAUGAAACACCCUCUGCACCCAGCACUCCCAAAAAGCCAAUUUCUUCAUCAAAACCUUCCAUCCCUUAAAUUUACCUCUCUUAACACAAUCCAAUUCUCAAACAACAACAACUUCACAACCCUAAAACCAUGAACCACUACCCUUCUUUCCCUCUCCUUCUCCCAACAUUCUCAAUUCUUUCCAUCUUCUUCUUCUUCAGCUUCCUCACUUCUUCAACAGCAGCAACUCUCCCUCCGCAGCUCAAAUCUCUUCUAUCUCUAAAAAACACUCUCAACGACCCUCUCAACACCUUCCAUGACUGGGACCCAACACCCAUCUUCUCCAAACCCGGGUUCGAACCCAUCUGGUGCUUGUGGUCCGGCGUCAAAUGUGACCGGAAAACAGCCCAGAUCACGUCGCUUGACCUCUCCAGGCGCAAUCUCUCCGGCACAAUUCCGGCGAGAAUCCGGUAUCUGAUCCACUUGACCCACCUGAAUCUGAGUGGUAACGCUUUCGAGGGACCUCUACCGGUGGUGAUCUUUGAAUUGCCAUAUCUCAGAGUUCUCGACAUAAGCCACAACUACUACAAUUCCACAUUCCCACCUGGUGUGUCCAAGCUCAAACACCUCAUCUUCUUCAAAGCUUAUAGCAACAGCUUCACCGGUCCGUUGCCGGAGGAGGUGAUUCGUCUACCUUUUCUUGAGUACCUCAAUCUCAGCGGCAGUUACUUCGAGGGCAGUAUUCCGGCGGGGUACGGAAGUUUCCAGAGCAUGAAGUAUCUAUACCUUGCCGGAAAUGCACUCACUGGUCCAAUUCCGGCUGAGUUAGGUCGCUUGACUGAGCUGGAGUGUUUGGAAAUUGGGUACAACGAGUUCACCGGUGGAGUUCCGCGGGAGCUCAGCAAAUUAACCAACCUGAAGUACCUGGACAUCUCGACAGCUAAUCUUUCCGGUGAUCUUACGCCGGAACUUGGCAAUCUUACCAUGCUGGAGUCUUUGUUGCUCUUCAAGAACCACUUCACCGGAACAAUUCCAUCCAGUUUCACACAAUUGAAAGCGAUCAAGUACUUCGAUUUAUCGGAUAAUGGACUUUCCGGCAGCAUACCGGAAAAUAUUUCAUCAUUUAAGGAGCUCAAAAUUUUGAGCUUGAUGAACAACAAGCUCACUGGUGAAAUCCCGGAAGGCGUAGGUGAUCUCCCAAACCUCGAACAAUUACUCCUCUGGAACAAUUCUAUCACCGGAGUUCUUCCUCAGAAAUUGGGAUCAAAUGGGAAGUUGCAGAGAGUGGAUGUGUCUUCAAAUUCGCUUACCGGUCCGAUACCACCUACUCUGUGCUCCGGUAACCAACUGGUGAAACUCAUCCUCUUUUCUAACCGGUUUGUGGAUCAACUUCCUUCAUCUCUAGCAAAUUGCACAUCCUUGUUAAGAUUCCGAAUCCAAGACAACAAGCUCAACGGCUCCAUACCAUAUGGUUUUGGUCUUUUAUCCAACUUGACCUACAUGGAUUUAAGUAAGAACAGUUUCUCCGGCGAGAUUCCGAAAGAUUUCGGCAAUGUUACCACUCUCCAGUACUUGAACUUAUCGGAAAAUUCCUUUCACACCGAGCUGCCGGAAAAUAUAUGGAGCGCCCCCAAUCUGCAGAUCUUCUCGGCCUCGUAUGCCAACCUUGUGGGUAAGAUUCCCGACUUCAUUGGGUGUCCAUUCUUGUACAAGAUCGAACUGGAAGGAAACAAUUUGAGUGGUAGCAUUCCUUGGAACAUUGAUCACUGUGAGAAGCUCAUUUCCAUGAAUUUUCGUCGAAAUUUGCUCACCGGAAUCAUUCCGUGGCAGAUAUCGACCCUUCCGUCGAUCACCGACGUUGAUCUCUCCUACAAUUCCUUGUCGGGGAUGAUCCCUUCGAAUUUUGAUAAUUGUACUACUUUGGAAAUCUUCAAUGUGUCGUUCAAUCAGCUCACCGGGGCCGUACCGUUCUCCGGAACAGUAUUCCGGAACCUCCACCCGUCGUCGUUCAUCGGAAACCAGGGUCUUUGCGGCGGAGUCCUCCAGAAACCGUGCGGGACCGCCGGACUCGGUGCCGGCGAGGUGGAGGUCCGGCAGCAGCCGAAGAAGACGGCUGGCGCCAUCGUUUGGAUCAUGGCGGCCGCAUUCGGCAUCGGCUUGUUCGUCCUCAUAGCCGGGAGCCGGUGCUUCCACGCGAAUUACGGCCGCCGAUUCUCCGGCGAGCGCGAGUUGGGACCGUGGAAGCUCACCUCCUUCCAACGGUUGAAUUUCACGGCUGAUGAUGUGCUCGAGUGUUUAUCGAUGAGCGAUAAGGUCUUGGGAAUGGGUGCCACCGGGACGGUAUACAAAGCCGAAAUGCCAGGUGGCGAGAUCAUAGCGGUGAAGAAGUUGUGGGGCAAGCACAAAGAGACGGUGAGGAGGAGGAGAGGAGUGUUGGCGGAGGUUGAAGUGUUAGGGAACGUGAGACACCGUAAUAUAGUGAGAUUGUUAGGGUGUUGCAGCAACAGCGAGUGCACCAUGCUGCUCUACGAGUAUAUGCCUAAUGGGAGCUUGGAUGACUUGUUGCAUGGAAAGAACAAGGGUGAGAACUUGGUGGCGGACUGGCUCACCCGGUACAAGAUAGCACUGGGCGUGGCUCAGGGGAUAUGCUAUCUGCACCACGACUGUGAUCCUGUUAUCGUUCACCGUGAUUUGAAGCCUAGUAAUAUAUUGUUGGACGGUGAGAUGGAGGCUAGGGUGGCCGAUUUCGGGGUGGCCAAGCUCAUCCAGAGCGACGAAUCCAUGUCGGUCAUUGCCGGGUCCUACGGUUACAUUGCGCCAGAAUAUGCUUACACACUUCAAGUUGACGAAAAGAGUGACAUAUAUAGCUAUGGAGUGGUGUUGAUGGAGAUUUUGAGUGGGAAAAGAUCCGUGGACGCAGAAUUUGGCGACGGUAACAGCAUUGUGGAUUGGGUUAGGUCGAAAAUCAAGACAAAGGAUGGCAUCAAUGAGGUGCUUGACAAAAAUGCCGGUGCUUCGUGUGCCCCGGUGAGGGAGGAGAUGAUGCUAAUGCUAAGGGUUGCAUUGCUCUGCACUAGCCGGAACCCGGCAGACCGGCCCUCCAUGAGGGACGUCGUGUCCAUCUUGCAAGAAGCCAAGCCCAAGAGGAAGUUGCCUGGAAGUGGCGGCGGCGGCGGCGGUGACAAUACGGUUGUUGUUGGUGGUGCUAUUCCCUUGGCACAAAAGGCAACUGUGGAAUGUUAAUAUAAUUGAGUUUACGAUUUCUUUUUCUUUUCUUUUUUAGUUUUUUUUGUUUUGUUUUUUUUUUUUUCUUUUUGGGAAAUUGUGGGGAUUGGUAUAGGAGAAGUGAUUUUUCUUUUUUCUUUUUAUUUUUAUUUUCUAAUGGAAUUUCCAAGUGUUCUUAUUCUGCUUUCUAUGAUGUUAUGUUGAGUUAUAUAUGCUCAUUGUUAUUAACACUUAUUAUUUCUUCAAAAGCAUAUAUUGAAUGUGUUA